AUGGGUGGAAAAAUUGAUAGGACUUUGAAUAAUGGUACUGCACCACCUGUUUUCCGCUUACACGGUCAGAAUUUCCACCUUUUGGGAAGCCUAAUGCCUGAAUUUGGCUCUCGACCGAAGUUUGCUCAAUUGUACAUAUAUGAUACUCAAAACGAAAUACAAAAUCGCAUCGAUGCAAUUAGAGAAGAUGAUGUUCACAAUAAACUACAUGCAGAGAUAGUACAAGACAUACAAGACGCAUUAGAUCAAAACAAUGUCUUAGUAAAAAGUUUUCGCAUGGCAAAAACAGAGAUUGAAACAAAUCCGAUGGCAAAGAUUAAGAUCAAAUUAAUAGGAAAGAGGAAUAAGGAUGCGCGAACGUACAAUUUACCACAAGUCAGUGAAGUGGCGGCUUUGAUAGUGGGAGACUUAGAUCCAAAUAUGGGAGAACGUAAUAUCUUGGUGGAAUCAAGAUCUGGUAUUUUUAAAAGGAUUAGUGAAUUAAACCCGGCCUAUCUACCACUGCAGUACCCAUUGUUAUUCCCAUUUGGUGAAGACGUAUAUAGAGAGGAUAUUCAAUUCUCAGGUGUUCAACAACAAGGCCGACCUGGUCGUAUUAGGAUUAGUCCUAGAGAAUACUUCUCCUAUUAUAUUCAAGAUAGAAAAAAUGAGAUGUCAACAUUGUUGUUCGCAAGAAGGUUGUUACAACAAUUCCUGGUAGAUGCAUACACUAUGAUCGAAUCUGGGCGUUUAGUAUAUGUUAGGACCCACCAAAGAUCAUUGAGAUGUGAGUCUUAUAAAUGCUUGACAGAUGCUCUGACCCGUGGUGAACUUGAUCCAUCUGCCCAAGGCCGUCGAAUUAUUUUGCCUUCAACUUUUACAGGUGGUGCAAGAUAUAUGGUCCAAAAUUACCAGGAUGCGAUGGCAAUAUGUCGAUGGAUUGGGUAUCCAAAUCUCUUUAUUACAUUCACAUGUAACCCAAAAUGGCCUGAAAUUGUCAGAUUUUUGGAAGAGAGAAGAUUAAAGGCAGAAGAUCGGCCAGAUAUAAUAUGUCGUGUCUUUAAGAUGAAGUUAAAUGCUCUAAUCAAGGAGAUUCGUAAAGAAAACAUAUUUGGUUCUGUUCUAGCAGUGAUUUAUACCAUUGAAUUUCAGAAAAGAGGUUUACCGCAUGCGCACAUAUUGUUGUUUCUGGCAAAUCACCGUGGGUCUGUGGCUGCAACAGAUUUAGACAACUUCAUUUCAGCAGAUAUACCAAGUGAGUUGUGCGACCCAGAGUAUCACAAAGCAGUAGAAGAAUUUAUGAUGCACGGUCCGUGUGGUACGUGUAGGAAGAAUUCACCAUGCAUGGUUAAUGGUAGAUGCUCCAAAUAUUAUCCAAAGAAAUUUGUAGAGAAAUCAACAAUGGAUGAAGAGGGUUAUCAUGUUUACCGUAGGAGUGACAACGGUAGGACCAUAAAGAAAAAUGGUAUUGAUCUAGAUAGCAGUGUUGCUGAUGAAGCUAAUGGAAAGGUAAUCGAUGAGAUCAAGAUGUAUUAUGAUUGUAGGUAUAUUUCACCCUGUGAGGCAGCAUGGAGGAUGUUCGCCUUUGAUAUACAGAUGAGGGAUCCGUCUGUAGAGCACUUGAGCUUUCAUCUACCAAAUGAGCAAUCAAUCAUAUUUAAUGAUGAUGAUGUUGUCAAUGAUGUUGUUAACCGUUCAACUGUGAGACAAAGUAUGUUCACGGCAUGGUUUGAUGCUAACAGCAAAUAUAGCGAGGCAAGAAACUUGACUUACGCUGAAAUGCCAACAAAAUUUGUAUGGAAAAAAGAUAAGAGAGAGUGGCAUCCAAGGCAAAGGAAGUUUGCAAUUGGUCGUAUUUUUUAUGUUCCGCCAAAUAGCGGAGAAAUCUUCUAUCUUAGAUGUUUACUUAAUAUUGUGCGUGGACCAAGGUCCUUUGAUGAAAUUAAAUAUUUUGAGGGGGUGCAGUAUACUUCAUUUAGAGAUGCCUGUUAUGCACAUGGUUUAAUCGAGGAUGAUAAAGAGUAUGUUGACGCGAUUAGUGAAGCAGCGAUAUGGUCCUCAGCACAUUCUUUACGUAAAUUGUUUGUAACCUUAUUGACAUCAAAUUCAAUGGCGAAACCAGAGAAAGUGUGGGAUAUUGUUUGGCAAUACCUAGCUGAUGAUGUUGAGUUCAAUGCUAAAAGAAAUACAAGUAAUCCAGAUUUGAUGCUCAAUGACGAACAGAAGAAAAAUGGGGCACUAAUGGAAGUGGAAAAAUUGUUGAAUGCUUGGAACAAGUCUCUAAGUGAUUAUCCACCAAUGCCGAUGCCAGUGGAAAGUCAUGAAUACUAUUUCGUGAUUGUGGAUGUUGAAUCUAAUAAAGGUGGUUUGUUCUUUGUUUAUGGAUAUGGUGGAACUGGCAAGACAUUUUUAUGGAGGACACUGUCGGCUGCUUUAAGGUCAAAGGGACAAGUUGUUUUGAAUGUAGCAUCAAGCGGUAUAGCCUCGCUACUUUUACCGGGUGGAAGGACUGCACACUCAAGAUUUUCUAUCCCCAUUGCAGUGAAUGAAGACUCAACUUGCAACAUUAGCCAAGGUAGUCCACUUGCUGAAUUGAUUAUAAAAGCUAAGUUAAUCAUAUGGGAUGAAGCUCCGAUGAUGCACAAACAUUUUUUUGAAGCAUUAGAUCGGACAAUGAGAGACAUAUUGCGAUUCACCAAUCCAAAAAGCUUACAAAUGUCUUUUGGUGGAAAAACAGUGGUACUUGGAGGUGAUUUUAGACAAAUACUACCAGUUAUACCAAAAGGCAGCAGACAAGAAAUAGUACAAGCAAGUAUAAACUCAUCAUACUUGUGGAGUAAUUGCGAAGUACUACGCUUAACCAAGAAUCUUAGGUUGCGUGGAAUUUCAAGUGCAGAAGAAGUUGCUAAGUUAAACAGCUUUGCAAAAUGGAUUGCUGAUCUAGGAGAUGGAAAUUUAGGAGAAGAGAAAAAUGGUGUCUUCAAUAUAAGGAUUCCAGAUAAUUUUGUUUUAAGAAAUGAAGUUGACCCCAUAGCAGAAAUUGUCCAAAGCACAUUUCCUUCAUACGGUCAUGGUCAAUUUGAUCAUAAAUUUUUAGAGUCCCGAGCUAUAUUAGCUCCAACAUUAGAUGUUGUGGACAAGGUGAAUGAAUACAUGAACAGUAUGAAUGAGGCAACUUCCAAGACAUAUUUGAGCUGUGAUUCGGUUUGCAAGUCAGAUACAAGUUCUGAUAUGUUAUCGGAGGUUCACACUACAGAGUUCCUUAACAGUUUGAGAUGCUCCGGUGUUCCAAACCAUUCUUUAACAUUAAAGGUUGGAUCGCCAAUUAUGCUGCUCAGAAAUAUAGACCACUCAUUGGGAUUGUGCAAUGGUACAAGGUUGAUCAUUACACAAUUAGGAAACCAUGUCAUUGAAGCUCAAAUUCUGUGUGGCAACAAUGCAGGCACCAGGGUAUUAAUACCAAGAUUGGGAUUGACUCCUUCUGACCCAAGACUACCGUUUAAAUUUCAGAGGAAGCAAUUUCCAAUAUUGUUGUCAUAUGCUAUGACAAUAAACAAGCGUCAAGGACAAACUUUAUCUAAUGUCGGACUACUAUUAAAGAAACCCGUGUUUAACCAUGGACAGUUGUAUGUAGCAGCAUCUCGGGUAAGUAAUCCAGAUGGGCUGAAAAUCUUAAUAUGUGGAGACUCGAAUGUGGGUUUGAACACUACAGAAAAUGUAGUGUACAAAGAAAUUUUCAAUAAUUUGUAA